AUGGAAUCAAGAAUGCAGGAUCUCCAGAAAGAAGACUUGAAAAUCCGAAUCAAACUUCCAAAGAAAGCAUCCACACCUAUCGAUCCUACCGAGACACUUCCACACCAACAGCCCCCGAAGGUGGCUAUCGAAGUAGAUCAGGCCAAAACUGAUGCAUUGAUGCCUUCAAAGACUCACAUCGCAUCCAAGACUCACAUCGCAUCACCAUUUCCAGCCAGCCCCCCUCCUGCUUCACUGAUACCACCAGACUUGAACUUCCAGAAACCUGCCGAACCACCGAUGUCAACACCUCCUCCUCUUAAUUUUGAAGCUGAAGACGAUGACAAUGAAGGAGACCAUUUUGAGACCCCAAACGAACAUUUUCCCAUCAUCCCCACUUUACAUGGAAGCAUGCAAAACCAACUAUCGCCAAUUAUCGAAAGACGUGUUCAUGAAGAACCUUUGGGCGCAAUCGAGGUCCCAAAAGAUCAGCCGGAACCCCCUUUGAAACCAGUCGAAUCACCACAGUACAAACAAGAAAAUGACUUACCUGCUCCUUUGACCAAAAAGCGGAACACACAAAAAUUAGGCAAAAAAGUAGGCAAAGGUCCUUCCAAGAAAGCUCAAGAACAAAAACAACUCAAGAACUCAACCAACCUUCCUCUCCACGAGCCUACUUCCAAGAAGCAGAAGAACAAGACUCCCAUCGAUCAAGUCACUCUUAAUGCCCUUCAGGACAAGGAAAAAUCGAAAGAGCAACUUAAGCCCCCUAUUAUAACUCGAUCCAAGAAACGCACUCAAGGCCAAGACUCCAUUCAAAAUCCCAAAGUACCUACAGUUUCUCUUCCUCCAACCAAGAAGCCCAAAAAAAGGAAAUCCCAGGAAACCAUGGUCAUUCCUACCCGUUCCUCUACUCGAAUUAAACGCCUCCUUACCACCCCGGAUGACUCCUCUAACAACACCUUGGCUAAUAAGGCAUCGGUUAAUCAAUCACCGAGCAAAUCAAUCCAAUCGAACAUUCAUGAAGAAUCAACUGAAAAUUUGCCAACCAAAACUCCUCCUCCAAUUACCGAAACCGAAAAUCAUCCUGAAAAUGAUUCGGCUCAAGUGGACCCAUCUAUCCAGGUAUGUUAUGUUGUCUCUACCUUAUAUCGAUGA